CAACAACUUGCCGCACCCAGACUAAAUCUGCUCUACCGGACGACUAGGCAUCUCACAGACCGACCGCAGCACAACUACGACGUUUCACGAUGCCCGCGACUACGGCGGAGACGCUCAGCAUUGUCAACCGCACAGUGUCCGUUGCACCUCUUGUCCUACUCUCAGCUGCAGAUCAUUACGGUCGCUCAGCGAAAGGCACCCGGAAACGAGUCGUUGGAGUGGUGCUUGGACAGAACGAUGGCAAGAGCGUGCGCGUGUCAAACAGUUUCGCAGUACCGUUCGAGGAAGACGAGAAGGACCCUUCAGUAUGGUUUUUGGAUCACAACUACGUCGAAUCGAUGAACGACAUGUUCAAGAAGGUCAACGCGAAGGAGAAGCUCAUCGGUUGGUAUCACUCCGGACCAAAGCUGCGAGCGAGUGAUCUCGAGAUCAACGAGCUGUUCAAGCGAUACACACCCAAUCCACUUCUCGUCAUCAUCGAUGUGCAGCCCAAAGAGGUCGGCGUGCCAACGGAUGCAUACUUUGCGGUGGAGGAGAUCAAGGACGACGGCACAACCACAUCGAAGACUUUCGUACAUACACCGAGUACCAUCGAGGCGGAAGAAGCGGAGGAGAUCGGAGUGGAACACUUGCUAAGGGACAUCCGGGACGUCGCAGUCGGCACACUCAGCACACGAAUCACGAGCCAGCUGGAGUCUCUCCAAGGCCUGCACCUCCGUCUACAAGACAUCGGCAAGUACCUGCAAAAGGUCCUCGACGGCGACCUACCAGUGAACCACGCGAUCCUCGGCAACCUUCAAGACGUCUUCAACCUCCUCCCGAACCUCUCCACGCCGAAAAUAGCUGCCAAAGAUCUACCGUCUGUCAACGGACUUGUCAAUGGCUCAGUUGGCAUCACCGGAGGCAACACCGAGAACUCUGAGCUCGCGCGCGCAAUGAGCAUCAAGACGAACGACCAGCUCAUGGCCAUCUACCUUUCCAGCUUAAUAAGAGCCAUCACCGCCUUCCACGACUUGAUUGAGAACAAGAUCCAGAACAAGCGGAACAUCGAGGACGAGGACGCGAAGAAGGAAGAGGACAAGAAAGACAAGGAGAUCAAGAAGGAGGAGAAGCUGCAGUUGAAUGGGACGUCGGAGAAGACAGACAAGGAGAGUAAGGAGGAAGCAAGCAAGAAGGAUGAGAAGAGCACGAAGAAGUGA